AUGGGACCUCUUUACAGUCAUCUAAAGCUAGUUGUGAUAGUUCUUGCAAUGCAUAGUGUUCUUGUUCUAUCAUCAUCGGCGUUGCCAGGAACGCAUAAGCGGUGUGUAGAGAGCCAAAGAAUGGCGUUGGCGCAGCUUCGACGAGAUGUUAUCGAUCACCCAUCGCCCCCUUCUCCAUUUAAUGGCCAGUCUACGGCGAAAGUGAUGGAAUGGAAUAUGGGCGAGGAUUGUUGUUCUUGGAAUGGUGUAACGUGUGACCAUGCUGGUUAUGUCACUGGACUUGACCUGAGUUCCAGUAUGCUUUCAGGCCAUAUUUCUUCCAUUUUCAAGCUUCAACAUCUCCAAAGUCUCAAUCUUGCUCGCAAUAAUUUCCAGCCGAGUCCGAUUCCGUCAGGGUUCGAGAAACUGAGGAAUUUAACUCAUCUUAAUCUCUCGUAUUCCUGUUUCUCUGACCAGGUUCCUGCGGGGAUUUCGAAGCUGACGAGGUUAGUGUCGCUUGAUCUUUCCACGCCAGUUUGUAAAUUGCCACCGACGUUUAAUGCCCCGGACUCCGACCGGAUCUUUGCUUUUGAAGAGCUCCAUCGUCUCAGGCUGGAAAAACCGAAUCUUGAAUCUUUUUUCAGGAAUUUGAGUGCUUUGAAAGUGGUUUAUCUUGAUUAUGUAGACCUGUCUGCUCAAGGGUCUAACUGGUCUCAAGCUUUGUCUUCUGCACUCCCUAAUCUUGAGGUUUUGAGUCUGUCCUAUUGUGGUCUCAAUGGUCCUAUCCAUCCUUCAUUUGGAGGGCUAAAAUCUCUGUCUUAUUUGUGGCUAGAAAACAACAAUCUUUCUGAGGUUCCUACUUUGUUGGAGAAUUUUGUAAACUUGGGAAGUCUCAAUCUAGCUUCUUGUCAGCUGUAUGGAGAUUUCCCAGAAAAGAUCUUUCUCCUUCCAAACCUGCAAAGCAUUGAUAUUUCUUUAAAUGGCCUUCUGAAUGGUCAGUUUCCAGAGUUUCCAAAGAACAGCUCUUUGCAAUAUUUGGCACUUUAUGAAACAAACUUUCAUGGAGAGUUGCCCAAGUCCAUUGGGAAUCUUCAAUUUCUGGAAAGUUUGUGGAUUUUUAGGUGCAAUUUCUCAGGUUUACUUCCACCAUCACUUGCCAACCUCACUAGAAUUUUUGAGUUGGAUAUUAGUUACAACAAAUUCACUGGUUUUUUACCCCCAUUUCAUAGUGGAAGUGUGCCAAAUCUCGCAGACUUUCACGUGUCGUUCAAUCUCCUCACGGGUAGAAUUCACUCAUCUGUUUUCACACUGCCUUCUCUGAAAAACUUGCACCUUAAUGAUAACAAAUUCAGUGGUGAACUCGACGAGGUCUCUGAUGCAUCCUCCUCAGUUUUGGAGACUUUGCUUUUGAAUGGCAAUCAAUUGAGUGGGGUGGUACCUGCAACAAUCUUUGAGCUCCCAAACCUUAAUAGUCUAUCAUUGGCGUCUAAUAACUUUAGUGGUAGUGUGAAAAUAGAGAUGUUGCAGAACCUCAAAAACUUGACAAUUUUAGAUCUUUCCAGCAACCGUUUGACAGUUGAAACUGAUGACAAAAGCUUUGAUUUCCCUCAACUAGUAGAGUUGCAUUUAGGGAAAUGCAAUUUAUCUGAGGUCCCAAUUUUCCUGAAGAGCCAAGUUCAACUUAAAUUCCUAAAUCUUUCAGAUAAUCACAUCCAAGGUUAUGUUCCUGAUUGGCUGUGGAUCAACAAUCUCUAUGAGCUGGAUCUUUCUCAUAAUCCAGUUGAUUUUCUUGAGCCGGGAAAUGGUUCAUAUGCAUGGCUGGAGAAACUGGUGAUGCGCUCCUGUAACAUGUUUAAGUUCCCCAAGUUCUUGAAAGGCCUUGAUUCCUUAUGGUUUCUUGACCUUUCUGAUAACAAGAUAGAUGGCCAGACACCAAGCUGGAUAUGGAAGAAUUCACUGCAGUAUGUGAAUGUUUCUCACAAUUUGUUAUCUGUCAUUGCUGAGUUUCAUUCAAAUGUUUCUUUGAAUAAUUUGGAAACUCUUGAUCUUCGUGGCAAUCUUCUCCAAGGAUCUCUUCCAGUGGGAUUGUGCAAACUGAGCAACUUAUCCAUUCUUGAUGCCUCAUACAAUAAUUUGAGUGGCAUGAUCCCAGACUGCCUGGUCAGGAUUUCAACUUUGUCUGUGUUGAACUUGCAGGGCAACAAAUACCAUCAAAUGCCUUCUAAUUUUGCAUCAGCAGCCAGUCUUCGCUCUCUGAAUCUCAAUGGCAACCGCUUGAAAGGGAAGCUGCCAAGAUCUCUGGCCAACUGCAGAAUGCUGGAGGUUCUUGAUUUAGGGAACAAUUUGAUAGCUGAUACAUUCCCGUUUUGGUUAGAGAAACUCCCAGCACUCAAAGUUCUUGUCUUGCAAAACAACAGUUUGUAUGGUCCGUUGGAGAAGCAUCCCGGGGCAAAGUUUGUGCUACCAAGCUUAGGUAUAAUUGAUUUAUCUUCCAACAGGCUCACAGGGGAGCUGUCCAGGGAAUUCCUGCAGAGCUUGAGUGCAAUGGUUAUGGUUGGGGGAAAUGAAUCAGUGCCCAAGGUCAUUGGACAGUAUGAAUACUAUCAAGAUUCAGUGACCAUCAUGAACAAAGGAACUAAGAUGGAGCUUGUUAGGAUAUUGACUAUCUUUGUGUCCUUGGAUCUGUCAAACAACGGGUUUCAGUGUAAGGUCCCGGCUAUAAUUGGGAAACUGAAAUUGUUGAUUGUGCUUAACCUGUCUCAAAAUGCCUUUGAUGGAGGGAUCCCUCCAUCAAUGCAAGAGUUGUCUCAGCUAGAAUCUCUAGAUCUCUCGAGAAACAAAUUCUCAGGUGUAAUUCCUCUACAGCUUACUAUUUUGACUUUCUUGGAAGUGCUGGAUUUCUCCUACAACCAAUUGACCGGUCGCAUUCCUUUGGGAAACCAGUUCAACACUUUCGAGAAUAGUUCCUACAAAGGAAAUGCUGGAUUAUGUGGAACUCCACUCUCAAGGAAAUGUAGUUCAGAUGUUGGCAAUACUUUGGAACCAUCACAGGGUGAGAGCUCUGAAACUGAAGCCAUGUUUGAUUGGAAAUUUGCAGGUGCUGGAUUUGGGUUUGGAGUAGUAGCUGGAUUGACAAUUGGGUUCACAUUCUUGGCAGAUAUGAUUGUCCAGUGGCUUGUAAGGGACAAGAAAAAGUCGAGAAAGAACAAGUAA